ACUUCUCAAACAACUACCAAACCUUCAAAUGAUCUCGACCCUGAAGAACGUAAAGCGAAAUCAGCAGCAAUUGAUCAUGAUGAUCUUCCAGCUAGACUUCAAUCUGCUAUUAAUAUGAGUGAAGGUCAAGAAGGUAUUGGUGAAUUUGAAGACGCUUGGGAAGAUGAAUUUGAAGAUGAAGAAGCUGGUAGUGUACAUUUUAAUCAAGAUUCGGAAGAGGAUGAUGAUGAUGAAGAUAAGAUGGAUGAUAAUAUACCUGGAGCCGGUCGAUCUCUCGAAGCCGAUGAUGAUGAUGACGCUGCUCGCUCUCGAUCACCUUCGAUAACGGCUUAUCUACCACAUAUCCAUGGUCGUACCCUAGGAGAGGGUGAAGAAUUGGUAGCAGACCCCACGGCUUACAAGAUGUUGCAUCCCUUGACAAUGGCCUGGCCAGCGCUAUCUUUCGACGUUCUGAGGGAUGAUUUAGGAGAGGAGCGGAUGCGGAUGCCUCAUUCAGUAUGUGUUGUAGCCGGUACUCAAGCGGACGCAACAGGAGACGUUGAUCAAGACGAAAUUAUGAUAAUGAAAUGGGAUGGUUUGAGUAGGAUGCGUAAAGAUCCUGAAUUGGAAGACGAUCCAGAUGAGGAAGAUGAAGAUGACGAUGACGAAGUGGACGAAGAACCAACAUUAACUUUCAAAACUAUUCCUCAUAAAGGUUCUGUUAACCGGAUCAAGGCUCAACCUUUACCACUUCCACUCUCGAAUCGACCACCUAGACCACCAGAUUCAUAUUUUGUGGCUUCUUUCUCGGGUACCGGAAAAGUCAAUAUCUUUGAUAUCGCACCUCAUUUGUAUAGUCUUCAAUCUCCUGCUGGCUCCGGAAACCUAUCUCUCUCAAAGUCACCCAUCCACACUAUUCACCAACACGGUCGUGCUGAAGGUUUCGCUUUGGCAUGGGGUGCAGCUAACCAAAGCUCUAGUUCACCCUCAUCCCUUCGAUUACUCUCUGGAGAUAUUCAUUCGAAAAUUUUCUUGACUACUUCUACCAACUCUGGUUUCACUACAAGCGCACAACCUUAUAGCGGUCAUACUUCAUCUGUUGAAGAUCUUCAAUGGUCACCUACCGAAUCAACUGUCUUUGCAAGUUGUUCUGCUGAUCAGAGUUUAAGAGUUUGGGAUGUAAGAGUAAAGGAUAGAAAAAGUGUGAUUGGUGUUCCAGAGGCUCAUAAGGCUGAUGUGAAUGUGUUGAGUUGGAAUUUGAAAACUAGUUAUUUGAUUGUAACCGGUGGAGAUGAAGGUGGAAUCAAGGUUUGGGAUCUUCGAACUACGAAAACACCCGGGAAAACCGCCGAGAAGCAUCUACCUGUAGCAAGUUUCAAUUGGCACAAAGCUCCUAUCACAUCAAUCGAAUGGCAUCCAACAGAAGAUUCAUGUUUCGCUGCAUCUGGUGCAGAUGAUCAAGUGACCCUUUGGGAUUUAUCUGUAGAAGCAGAUGAAGAAGAAAAUGGAAUGAUGACAGAUGCUAAUACUGAAUCAUUACCACCUCAACUUCUUUUUGCUCAUCAUGGUCAAAGUGAGAUUAAAGAAGUACAUUGGCAUCCUCAAAUUCCUGGUGUAGUCAUUAGUACAGCUCUUGAUGGUUUUAAUAUAUUCAAGACUAUCUCUGUUUGAUUACGACUUCGGAGCCAAAAAGAAACCAUUGCAAUAUGAAUUGAAACGGAUUGAAAUGAUUUCAGUGAUAAGUGUAAUUAAAAAUGAACCAUUUGUUGUCUUGCAGCAGAUUAUAACAUACCAUCGAUUAUCCAAAACAGAAAAUGGUAUGGAGAUGUUGAGUAAAUUGAUCACUUGAGUUUAAUUUGAUCAG